GCAGCCCCGUAUGGGCCGGGCAGGGCCGGGCCGGGCUGAGCCGGCGGGCGGGCUCCCAGGUGCGGCCGAGCAGUUCUUCCGGGCUCAGGUGGCCGCCGCCCCGCCGGCCGCGCGGAGUUCCGGCCACCGCCACGGGUGGCGGAGUGGGACCGUGAGGGACCCCACUGUUCCUGGACUGUGCGAGCGCCCCCGGACCGGCAGGGCUCGAGACCGUCCGACGUGGGCACAGCUCCCCGCCCGGCCCGGACGCACGAAGCCCCCGCCGCCGGCGUCCAGGCUCCACGCCCGCGCGUCCAGAGACCGGGAGCGACGCGUGCCGCGCAGACGUUCCCUUCUGAAGUCGCCUGUUUCUCCUCUACGGUUCUUCAGUGCUGAAGAUUGAACCUAGGGCCGUCAAAUGAAGCAACAUUUUAAAAUUUUUACUUUGAGACACUAAGUCCCAGGGUUUCUGCAAUCCUUCUGCCUCAGUCUCCUCAGAUGCUUGGAUUACACGCCCUUGCCACAUACAUUUAUUGUAUUAUUUUUGUAUAGCCUAAUAACUAAGGUCACAUUGAUCUCCUGAAUACAUUUUUGCUGCUAAUUGAAUAAAAUCAGUGUCACUGAAAAGACAAGUGACAGCCCAAAACAAGAAGAAUAAGUGAUAACUUUCAUCUUGGCUACACGUGUGAAAAUCACAAAUGUCGUCCAAUGAUGGAGGAUCUAAGAAUCGGGACAAUGGGGUCCCAAGGAACCUGCCCAGCCCCAGUAGCUUCGUGGAAUCCUCCGAGAGUUUUCAGGACAGCGAGCCCGAGCUGGCUGUUAGCGCCGAUCCUCUGCCACCACCCCCUCUCCCAGCACAGCCGCCUUUCGGCCCGGCCUCUCGCUUCGGGGAGCCGGAGCCUGAGUCCACGUCCACCCUGGCCCCGGAUCUCAAGCCGGUGCGCCGCUUCGUCCCCGACUCCUGGAAGAACUUCUUCCGGCGGAAGCAAGCGGCGCCAGGCCCGGGCGUGGGCUACAUCUCCCCCGGCGUGGAGUGCUCGCCCCCGGCCUCCCCGGCGCCGUCCAGCCGCCGCCCGGCGUCGGCCCGCGAGCCCUGGGCGUCCCUGGAGCGCGGCUCGGCCACGGCGGCGCAGACCUACAGCGAGCAGGUGGCGGACUACCACCUGCGCUACUCCUACAUGAAGUCCUGGGCCGGCCUGCUGCGGCUGCUGGGCGUGGUGCAGCUGCUGCUGGGCGCCGUGGUCUUCGCCUGCGUCACCGCCUACGUGCACAAGGACAGCGAGUGGUACAACCUGUUCGGAUACUCGCAGCCCUACAGCGGGCUGGGCCUGGGCAGCGCCUACAGAGGCUCCUACUACACCGGCCCCAAGACCGCCUUCGUGCUGGUGGCGGCCGGCUUGACCUGGAUCGUCACCCUCAUCGUGCUGGUGCUCGGCAUGUCCCUGUACUACCGGACCAUCCUGCUGGACUCGGACUGGUGGCCCCUCACCGAGUUCGGCAUCAACGUGGCCCUGUUCAUCCUCUACAUGGCCGCGGCCAUCGUCUAUGUGAACGACAGCAACCGCGGGGGGCUCUGCUACUACCCUAUCUUCAACACGCCCUUGAACGCGGGCUUCUGCCGCCUGGAGAGCGGCCAGGUGGCGGCCGUGAUCUUCCUGUUCGUCACCAUGGCGGUGUACCUCAUCAGCGCACUCGCCUGCCUGAAGCUGUGGCGGCACGAGGCGGCGCGCAAGCAGCGCGAGGACGCGGAGCGGCAGGAGAUCUACGAGUCAUCGUUGCCGUCAAAAAGGAGAACGUGUGAAAUGGUCACCAGUGACCGACCACCAAGAGACCCAGAAGUUUGUUUCAAACAAUGGAGAACAAACACGAUUCCCCCAGGCCACAUCCCGAAGCCGAUUGUGAUGCCCGACUACGUGGCAAAAUACCCUGUGAUUCAGACAGAUGAUGAACGAGAGCGCUACAAAGCCGUGUUCCAGGACCAGUUUUCAGAGUACAAGGAACUGUCUGCAGAUGUUCAGGCUGUCCUGAGGAAGCUGGACGAGCUGGAUGCCAUGAUGAGCAGGCUGCCGCAUCGCUCAGAAAACCCACAGGAACAUGAGAGAAUUUCCAGAAUUCAUGAAGAAUUUAAAAGGAAGAAGAAUGAUCCUUCAUUUCUGGAAAAAAAAGAACGUUGUGAUUACCUCAAGAGUAAACUUUCUCACAUAAAGCAAAGAAUUCAAGACUAUGACAAAAUAAUGAAUUGGGAUAUACACAGUUACACUUAAACUUUACUUGAAACUGUUUUUUUAACAGUCAACUUACUAUUUAUUUACUGCCUUUUGUGUGCCAGACUCUGUGGUAGAGAAGCAAGUUAUACUGAAUCAGCUCCCAAUUGACCUAUCCAGUAGGCGGUACUGAUCAGUAUGAUUUCACACAAACAUUUCAAAACAGACUGGACCUUCUGCAGCCCUUCACUGAAAAUGGGAGAACCCCUGGAAUCCUCUGCGCACUUUCCUGUUUGUGUGUGUCAAGAAAUAACAUUGCCUACCAGACAAGUACUUAUAAUCCCAGCACUCAGGAGGCUGAAGCAGGAGAAUCGCCAUGAGUCCAAGGCCAGCCUGUGCUAGAUAGUAAGUUCAAGACCAACCUGAACCACCUAGUGAGACCCUGUCUCAAAAAGAAACAAACACUGCAUUGUUGUUAUAGAGAUCACAUCCUCAGGGUGUGAUGAGGAAGUGGGCUGUCAGUUCUUGGUAUUGCUUUUCUGUCCUCAGACAGGGUCCUAGAAUUUUUCAAAGUCAGAUAUCUCUCUCCAAGAGAUCAUUAGGGAAAAUCAUUCCUCCUUUCAAAUCCAACAGCAGCAUUGUCAGGCUUUGUGAUCUCGGACAAGUUGCAGAACCUCGGUGCCUGAUUCUGUGGUGAAAUACAGGGAGACCAUUCUUCCAAACCCCAGGCAUUUAGGGGACUGAAGGCAGGAAAGUUUGCAAGGGUUUGGAGCAGAGCCUGUAUUCAUGAACUCUGGAAGAAUCUAGAAGUGGAUGAACUCCCUAGAAAAGGUCUGAAAUGAGCAAACCCAGCCAACUGACCACAAGGCCUUAGUGUCCUAUCUUUCUGUGCAGUUAACUCUCACUAUGCAUAGCCGAAGGCCAAGGCUUUGCUGUGGCCCUCUGGCUCACGGGGCUCUGCUCUAGACUGGAUCUUUCUGGUUUCUGUUUAUGGUACUAGGGCUUGAACCUAGGGCCUGUGCACUGAACUACAUCCCCAGCCCCCUACUUAUUUUUUAUUUGAAAACAGUUCUCACUAUGUGGAUAAGUGGCCCAGGUUGGACUUGAACUUGCAGUCCUCCUGCCUCAGCCUCCCAGAGUGCUGGGACUGCAGGCGUGGGCCCUUCUCCCGUAUCUGCAGAAGGGUCACUGUGGACAUGUCUCCUUGUGCCUGUUGCCCAGCCCUUCCUGCACACGUGGGUAGAAGGGCAGCAUGAUUGCUGAUCUUUCCUUUCCCACAACGGCAUCCAGAGCCCAUGAUAUCCCGCUUAUUGGCAAGCUCCAUCUUACUAAGAACCAUCCUGGCUUUGAGACUUUAUUCAUGAGAAAUGUUUUAUGUUUGUUAGUAUAAACAAAGAUAUUUUUAAAGUUAAGAAAAAAUCAUCAGGGACCAGGCUUGAUGUACAUGCCUGUUAUCCCAGUUAGGAGACUGAGGCAGGAGGAUCACUGUGAGCUCAAGGCCAGCCUAAGCUACAUAGGUUGAUCCUGUCUCAAAGAAAACAAAAAAACUAUCACGUAGGAAUGUACACUGGUGUAUGUCUGUUGUCCUAGUUACUUGGGAUGCUGAGGCAGGAGGACUGCUUCAGUGUACAGCUUUUAGACUAACCUGGGUAAGAUAGCAAAUACCCAUCACUAAAUAAGAAAAAAUAUAAAACUUUUUCAAGGCUAGGAGUGUAGCUUAGUGGUAGAGCACUUACCUGGUGUGUGUGAGGUCCUGUAUUGAAUCCAAGCACCAUGACAAAGUUUUUUUCGUUUUAUAUUGAGGAUUGAGCUCACAACCCUGUGCCUGCCAGGCAGGCACUUGUGCCACUGAGCUAAAUCCCUAGCCCCAUGACAGAUUUUUUUAAGUGUUUGAUAUAUUCAUUGUUGUUGGCUCCCAAUCAGCAAGAUGUGUUUUGUGGCUUCCCAGGUGUAGAAGCACAGUUUCUGCCUGAUAGAGCUGCCAUUCAGACAAACACUUUUCAGAGUUUUCUCAAGUGGCAAGGCCAGAGGAGAGAAGGGCCUUAGUGCUGGCCACCAGGCAUGGUACUGUGUGGCCAUAAUCCCACAGUUGAGAGUUAGCUAAGGCAGGCAGAUCUGUACGAGGCCAGCCUGAGCUACUUAGUUCAAGCCAGUCUGAACUGCAUGCAUAGUGAGACUCUUUCAAAAAACAAGAGUUGGUCACAAAGAACUUGUGUGUCUCCUGUGUCAUGAAACCUUCCCGCACUUAUAUUCAUGUUAUUCCGUGGUUCCCAGACUACACAGGGGUGGCUGUACCUGAAGAGGUGACACCUGGAGACAUGUGAGGCUUGGCUGGUGCUGACUGCAGCACCGCAGUUUUUUUAUUACUGUUUUUUGUUUUUUUUUUUUAGUACCAGGGAUCAAACUCAUGACCUUGCACUUGCCAGGCAGGCAUUUAUGCCACUGAGCUAAAUCCCCAGCCCCCUAGCACCCGACUUUUUGUUUGCUCUACCUGCAUUUUGCUUUAAGACAAAAUAUUUAAGGGAAAAGUAAAGAUUACCCUUGUGGUUGAGAGUAAAGAGUGAGGUUAGUGUUGAAAUUAAAUGCUGAGGACAUUUAACUUUAUGAAGCUUUAUUUUACUACAACUGUAAAUGCUAAUCUUUGAAAACAGUGCUGAAUUAGAUGAAUUAAAAUUGCAGUUAGCUGUU